UUCGUCUCCCCCAAAAUUCCUCAUCUCCUUCAAUAAAUCAUUCUGCAGAUAAGGAGAUCAACCAGUUAUUGACCUGGAUAGCUAAGAAGACCGAUUGAAGAAUUUUUAAAUUUUUUUACCUGUAAAUCAAUGGAGUGCAGCGGCAGGUCGAAGAAGGACAGCAGCAGUAGUCCGGAGAAGAAAGAUCAGAAGGAUUUGUUCCAUGUAAUCAACAAAGUUCCAUCUGGCGAUGGCCCCUACGUCAGAGCCAAACGCGCUCAGGUUGUGGAGAAGGAUCCGGAGACAGCAGUGGUGUGGUUUUGGAAAGCCAUAAAUGCAGGAGAUAGAGUAGACAGUGCUCUCAAGGACAUGGCCGUCGUCUUGAAGCAGCUCAACAGACCAGAACAGGCCAUCGAAGCAAUCAAAUCGUUCCGCAGCCUUUGCCCCAAAAACUCACAGCCUUCGCUCGACAAUGUACUCAUCGACUUGUACAAGAAAUGCGGGAAAAUUGAUGAGCAAAUAGCGCUGCUAAAGCAUAAGCUGAGACUUAUAUACAUCGGCGAGGCGUUCCAUGGCCGGCCGACGAGGACGGCGCGGUCGCACGGGAAGAAGUUUCAGGUUUCCGUCCGGCAAGAAACGUCAAGGCUACUUGGGAAUCUAGCGUGGGCAUAUAUGCAGAAGUCAGAUUUCAUGACGGCGGAAGUGGUGUACCGGAAAGCUCAGAUGAUCGAUCCAGAUGCCAACAAGGCGCUGAACCUCUGCCACUGCCUGAUGGAGCAGGAGCGGUGGCAAGAGGCGGGGGCGGUUCUGCAGGAGGUGGUGCAGCACAAAGUUGCAGGCUCGGACGACGCCAAGGCGAGGAAGAGGGCAGUCGAGUUGUCCCUGGAAUUGGAUUCCAGGCACCCUGCCGGAGACUGCCCUCUGGCGCUGGACAUCAUUCCGGGGCUGCUGUUUGACGUCGAGGACGCCCUCAUGGAGGAGCUCGACGCCAUCAUCAAUGAAAGGGCGCCUACGAGAUCCAGAAGGCUCCCCAUUUUCGAACAGAUUUCUCAGUUUAGAGAUCAGCUGGCCUGUUAAUUUAUGUAAGUAUGGUGUAGUGUAUAUUUGUUUGUGUGGGUUUGCACAAAUGCAGGAUUUGUAAUAAAGGGGUGAAAAUAUCGCAAAUAAACUAAAAACUAGUAUGUAUGUGGAGAGGGUUACAGUGCUAAAAUAGCACAUUAAACAUACGUUUUCAAUAUGAUCGGAUAGCAUACCCUAUUUGCAUUAGGGUGUUGGGGCGUGUUUGUUCGGGAGAUUCUUCCUAAAAUU